AUGGUUUUACUCGCAGCGUUUCCAAGAACAGCAUGUCUGAUUGUACUGGUGCUAACAUUCUCUCUGUUACAUAUAAUAGAUUGUAACAUUACAGAAAGUGUUCAAAAACUGAACAUAACUAACACCAACCACUGUACAGUUUCACCAGCCGACAGAUUGUUUCGAGAUCAGCUAUUACAGUUGUUGAAAGCUGGAGUUAAAAUGUUUGAUUUUGAUUUAGAAAUAAAGUACCAACCUCGUGAUAUUUUGGAGAGUAAAAGAGGAAACAUCAUUAGGUGGAAUCAUUGGAUAAAAACUGUUGAUAAUCGUGGUCGAUCAUUGUUGAUGUUGGAUGACAAUUAUGAGCUCCUUUCUCUCAACUCUAUGAAAAUGGGAUUAAAACAGUUGAAUGUCUCCCUAGUUGAAGAUCCCUUAGGAUGUGUACGCAAGUUAUCUGCUGAGGACACAGCGGAUUUAUUACGUAGAGCUGUUCUCAAUGAUUUUCAGAGAGAUCCGCCGGUUAUAACAGAAAUGAAUGUAAGAAAGCCGACACAAAGUGUCUGUAAUAUGCACAUCAAAGAUAAUAAUGGGGAGGCUAAGUUUUUAUAUGAAUGCUGUCAUUAUAUUGAAAGACACGAACUGGUAUGUUCUGAUGUUGAGAAAGAUUCCUGGAUGGGUGUUUUGGUGGUGUUAGUGAUCUCCGUGAAGAUUAUCUUGGUUCUCUUCAGUCCAUUAUUGAUUCCAGAAAGUCUGUACCGAGAAAAGUUUAUUGAUGCAGAAUAUCAUCAUCACGUUCUAACAGACUCAACUGGUCGUAGCGUAAGAACUAUUAAAGUUGUUGCUACUCGCGAUCCAGAAAACUACCAAAGUGAUAACGCUGUGGUGAAACUAGAUCAUGUGCAAGGAAUGGAGUAUUUGAAGACUAUUCUGAAUAAUUUGGAUAAUGUUUAUAAGAUGGAAUUGGAUGAUAUUCGAUUAUCUGUGAGUGCUCACAGAUUGUUACCAGAAAACAAAGUACCAGUUGGCAUUUUACGUUAUUUCUAUAAUCAUUUAUGUCGUUGUAAAAUAAGAAAUGUUAAAGCCUUUGCAACGUGCUGUGCUUCCAACAUUUUUGCGAACUUUGGGUUCCGUAGCGUCAAAUGGUACAGAUGCUUGGUUCCAUUUAUGAAAGUGGUCCAAAUGUUUUUAAUUCUUUUGCCUUGGAUUUUACGAAUAGUUAUUUUCUUCCAAUAUGAAAGAUAUAAUGAAGUGUACAGGGGUCAAAGAGCUGCAGAAUUAGGAUUAAAGAUGGGUUUUACAGGAAGUUUUACAGUAUAUCUGACACCCUUACAUUCGUUAUUUAUACUGUGUUAUGUUGUAUUACUUCUUGAUGCUAUUGUUUAUGGUGUUAUUAGCCUAUCUGUGAAAGAAAAACUGAAAAGGGUUACGAUGAAAUGUUUACGGGCCAUGCGAGAAACAUCCAAGCUUAACGUCUGCUCUUGGUCUAUUGAACUUCUCCUGGCACCUUUUACAUCAUGUGGUAUUUUAGGACUUCUGUUAGCAGCCCCAUAUUGGUUUCUACUCAUUCCUUUUUUAUUUAUUGUGCUAUUGUUCUAUUUCAUCCCGACUAUUAAUUUUAUUGUUCGGAUGUUAAUUCACUUUUUCAUAUUCUUAUGUCCAGAGAAACUAGCACUAAAACUAAAAAUCUUAAUGGCGAGAACGAGGAAAGUAAAUAAUCGACUGAAACUGGACCAAAUAAAGGAAGAAGAUAAUUUUGAACGAAAGGAAUAUAUGACUAAUGGUGAUUUAAUAUUUCAAUAUAUUGUUAUUAUUAUAUGUAUCAUCUCAUUUUUAUCUUUAACCUUCCUGGUUAUGGAAUGUAUUUCGUUCUUUGUGGAGAUGGCAGUCUAUACAUCAAUUGGAAUUAUUAUCAACGCUCAAACCGCCCUGAAAUAUCUAUCUGUUGCAUCCCUUCUAAUUCUCUACGCUAAGGACUGCUUUGGAAAACUCCAUACCAAAUACCUAGCGUUUCAUAAGGUUAUUGCUGGCCAAUUAUUGGCUAAAGAGAAGGAAUUAAUCGAGGAGACUGCCAGAGCUGAUUCACUGCUGCAAGAGAACACUGUAUUCCGUGUUAGAGGUGAGGAAAAUACCAACCCAGAUGUUAGAUUGAUAGUGAAGGAUGAAAAGAUACGCUGGGAUACAUCUGGAUUUCUCAUCUUUCUCGAUAAGCAAGAUAAACCUUUCUUCCCAGAGAAAUUUUUCUUUCAAGUUAUAGAGAUGAAGUACCAUGGAUGUCCUGGACCUCUUUAUGUCAACAUUUACCGUGCCUUUAAGGAAUUUCUGAAAAUAAUCAUUUUUUUGAUCUUCGUCAUCAUCGUCAUAAUGGCAUUUGGUGAUAUGUAUAGUAUAUCAUCAACUAAUCAGAUGAUAGCAACAGGAGCGGGUGGUCUACUUCCAUUUGUUUUCAGACAUUUCUUUGCUAACAAGGGAGACAUUACUUUUGAUGUUAAUAGUAUCCAAUUUAAAGCUGAAUUCAAUCGUGUUUUGACUAAUUUUAAACAAACAUGGCCGGUGUUCGAUAUAAUUCCAAUGAACUGUGAAAAGAAAUCUUCUAGUUUUUCAGUUAUGAUUGACACGUCGACAGACGAAUUUCUUGACGCCACUGGUAAUGUUGAUAAUAAUAAUACUAUUAAUGACACAGAAGCUUUAGCUACUUCCUCCAGGCACUCACAAAUUUUCGAAUCUGAAGAUGAAAACAAGGUAGAUUUGGUAGUAGAUGUGUCCAACUUCAGUGAAAGAUACAGAGCUAAAUUAACCAAUAAAAGACUUGAUGGAUCGUUGACGAUGUUAGCAGAGACUCAUAGGGAUUACGAAUCUCACAAAAUGGUUCGAAAUAAUAACUAUGAAGUUUGA